UCCACACACCUUUUUCUCUUCUAUUUCUGCCAUUCUUAUCUGCUUUUAUAUACCAAAUGGAGUUCGACGAUAGAUUUCAACAGGCCCAGAGACCCAAAUAUGAUUGCCUACUUUUUGAUUUAGAUGACACCCUUUAUCCCCUGAAUUCUGGUUUGUCAAUAGGAUGUCUCCAUAAUAUUGAAGAUUAUAUGGUUCUAAAGCUUGGCAUAGAGAAGAGCAAAAUCUCUGAGCUGGGUAAUCUACUCUACAAAAAUUAUGGGACAACAAUGGCUGGUUUGAGGGCAAUCGGUUAUGACUUUGACUAUGAUGACUACCACGGUUUUGUUCAUGGACGAUUGCCAUAUGAGAAGCUGAAACCCGACCCUGUUUUAAGGAACCUUUUACUGAGUUUGCCACUCCGGAAAGUUAUAUUCACGAACGCAGAUAAGGUACAUGCAGCUAAAGUUCUUAGCAAGCUUGGGUUAGAGGAUUGUUUUGAAGGAAUUAUAUGCUUUGAGACUCUGAAUCCAACGGACAAGAACAAUGUUUCUUCUCAUGAUGAGGUGGAUUCUGUGUUUGAUGCUUCGAUGCAAACUACUACUACUGGCUCUGAGCCUUUCGACAUUGUUGGGCAUUUUGCUCAACCUAAUGCUGGAUCACAACAAUUGCCCAGGACACCAAUUCUCUGCAAACCGUCUGAAGAUGCCAUUGAGCAAGCCCUUAGGAUAGCCAAUAUCGAUCCUCAGAGAACAAUUUUCUUCGAUGACAGUGUCCGUAACAUACAGUCUGGAAAACGUGUUGGUCUCCACACUGUGCUGGUGGGAACUUCUCAGAGACCCAAAGGUGCGGAUUUUGCAUUAGAGAGCAUCCACAACAUCCGUGAAGCAUUGCCCGAGCUCUGGGAAGUUGAAGAGAAGUCGGAGGUCAGGUAUUCCGGCAAGAUUGCAAUAGAGACAUCUGUGACAGCUUAGGGUAUUUUUUAUUAUGAUGCCUUCCAGGAUCCGUUCAUCUAUGGCGGGAGGGGGGAAUCGAAGGAGAAGACUAGUAUUGUAGAGGAAUUAACUGUAACCAUUCCUUAUGUAGUCUUGUAGAUGUAAAUAAGUAGUGAAAAAUAUCCAUGUUUUUCAUGUGAUAUUGGUCAAUAAAAUGA